GGUCUCGGGUAGGUGGUGGACCUGGGGAGGGUCCGCUGCGUCCUUUAGGGGACGGAGCCCGAGCCAUCUGGAAAGGGCUGCGUCCUUGAUCUCUGGUCCUGCCGCAUUGCCCGAAAACGAGCAGCCAUUGCUCUCCUGACCCUGUCUGCCGUCUCCAAGAGCUGCCACGCGCGGAUGGGGCGCCCGGAGGACUGGAGUGCAGGGGAUUCCCGUCCACACGAAGCCUCUGGGGACAGCAGUCAGUGACCUAGGACGCGGGACACCAUGAAGCAGCUGCCUGUCUUGGAGCCUGGAGACAAGCCCAGGAAAGCAACAUGGUACACCUUGACUGCCCCUGGAGACAGCCCGUGUGCUCGAGUUGGCCACAGCUGCUCAUAUUUACCUCCAGUUGGCGACACUGAGAGAGGGAAGAUCUUCAUUGUCGGGGGAGCAAAUCCAAACCAAAGCUUCUCAGAUGUGCACACCAUGGAUCUGGGAACACACCGGUGGGACUUGGCUACCCAGGAGGGCCUCUUGCCCCGCUAUGAACAUGCCAGCUUUGUUCCCUCCUGCACACCUGGCAGCAUCUGGGUAUUUGGAGGAGCUGACCAAUCAGGAAACCGAAACUGUCUACAAGUCCUGAAUCCGGAAACUAAGACGUGGACCACACCAGAAGUGACCAGCUCUCCACCAUCCCCAAGAACAUUCCACACAUCAGCAGCAGCCAUUGGAAACCAGCUCUACGUCUUCGGAGGUGGAGAGAGAGGUGCUCAGCCCGUGCAGGAUGAGAAGCUACAUGUGUUUGAUGCAAACACGCAGACCUGGUCACAGCCAGAGACACUUGGAAAUCCUCCAUCUCCCCGGCAUGGUCAUGUGAUGGUGGCAACAGGGACAAAGCUCUUUAUCCACGGAGGCCUCGCGGGGGACACAUUCUUUGAUGACCUCCAUUGCAUUGACAUAAGUGACAUGAGGUGGCAGCAGCUCAGUCCCACGGGUGCUACUCCAGCAGGCUGUGCUGCUCACUCAGCCGUGGCUGUGGGAAAACAUGUGUAUGUCUUUGGAGGGAUGACUCCCACCGGGGCACUGGACACCAUGUACCGUUAUCACACAGAAAAACAGCAUUGGACCUUACUUACAUUUGAUACUUUUCUACCCCCUGGACGACUGGACCACUCCAUGUGUAUCAUUCCAUGGCCAGUGACAUCUACUGCUGAGAAAGACUCAGAAUUAGUCACACUGAACUGUGAGGCUGAGGAAGGAGAUUCUGUUGACAAAGAAGUGACCCAGAGGGGUGACUUACAUGAGGAAUGUCAGACUGACACUCUGCUCUGCUUCGUGUUUGGGGGAAUGAAUACAGAAGGGGAGAUCUAUGAUGACUGUAUUGUGACUGUAGUUGACUAAUAAAAGCCACUUACUUUCAUCAAAGUGAA